CGCAAGGAAAACGAAAAGACGAGAAACAAGGACAGAGAAAGUAAACAAGGAAGAGAAAGAGACAGAGAUUGAGUUGUGUCUUCUGUAAUCUUCAAGAAGGUUUAGAGAGACUAAACAGAUGAAGGAUGGCUUGAUAUCUGGAAAUAGGUUUGCUUUCCUUUGCCAGGAUAUCAUGGAACUUGAGUCCUCAAUUAGAUCAAUCUGCCAACAAAAUCUGUUGUAAUGCCCUUAACAGGGUUUGGAGAACACAACAUAUACUUUAAGAGUCAGGUUUGAGAGGUAGGAGAGUGGCCUGUAAUAUACUGACUGGAAGAUACUGAAGAAACUACUUCAAUUCUGGCAUGGAUCUGAACACUGAAGAAGGAUCCAAUACUGACAAUUCAGAUGAGGAAAUUGAGUACACAAAUUUGAUAGAAGAGGCAGAAUUGCAAGAUUGUACACGAUACAGAGGGAAGCUAUAUAAGGAUUUGACAUUAGAGGAUUUGAAGGGAGUUGAGUUUAAUAGCAUCGAGGAAGUGGACAACUUCUAUAUUUACUAUUCCCUAGCCAAGGGGUUUAGUGUAAGGAAGUAUAAGCUCGACAAGAACCGUUCUGGUACACAAGUUAUUAGAAGAAAGUUGGUUUGCUCAAAGGAAGGUAAGCGAAAAUCUGCCCGGAAAGAUACUAUUAGUCAUCAGCAAGGGUCAAAGGGGAAACAUGACAAUAGUCAGCAUUGUCAACAGGAACUGAUGGUGAUCAGUGGGCAGAACCCUCACAAAAAGCAGUGCACUUACACCAGACGAACAACAAGAAUGAAUUGUCCAGCAAGUUUUACUGUUAGGCUGUGUACCAAAAGGGGGGUGUACUAUGCCUCAGAGUUCAUAACUGAACACAACCAUGCUUUGGCUGCACAUCGUCAGUCUCAAAGUUUGCACCUCAGAAAGCAUGAUGUUACUCAGGUUAAUGCAUCGAGGAAGGUUUCAGUGAGAACAUGCGAUGCUUAUGAGUUCUUAGUUCACCCAGUCAGAGGGUAUGAGUUUGUUCGGUUAUACAACAAACCACAGGGUGAAAGGAAAGAAGUUGUGAUGGAUGGGGAUGUGCAAUCAUUGGUAACUUGGAUGAAUCUCAAGGCAAUGGGGGACCCCCAUUUUUAUUGCAUAUUCAGUGUUGAUAAAGAGGGGAGGCUUGCAAAUUUGUUCUGGCGAGAUGGGCAGUCGUUAAUGGAUUACAAUGCUUUUGGUGAGGUAUUGAUUUUUGACAGCAGUGAAAAAUGCAACAUGUAUGGCAAGACCUUGGCUGUAUUUGUCGGGUGUAAUAACCACAGAGCCACAGUCCUUUUUGGUUGUGCAUUGUUAGUAGAUGGAACUGAGGAAACUUAUGAUUGGGUUAUUACAAGCUUUCUGACCUCCAUGCAUGGGAAAAAACCAACUUCAGUUAUCAUAAAUAGUGAUGCAAUAUUCAAUGUGGUAACAAAGUUUAUACCAGAGGCCAGACACCGACUUUGUGCAUGGCAUGUGGGGAAAAAUGGGUUUCAGCAUUUGAAAGAUGUGGAUACACUGAGACAUUUUUACUAUCUGAUUUUUGCUGGUCUUACUGUUGAAGAAUGGGCAAGGGCUUGGCAGUACUUUGUGACAUUGAACUGCCUGGAGCACAAUGAAUGGGUGACUGAUAUGUAUCAUAAACGUGAAAGGUGGGGGGAGGCCUUUUUCCGAGACCAUUUUUUUGGAGCAAUCUGCAGCACCCAGCGAUGUGAGGAGAUCCAUAGAAAUCUUGAAGAAGGUAUUGACCUUUAUAUGAACAUGUAUGAGGUGUUGCCCCGGGUGGAGAAAGCGAUUGAGCGGAUAAGAAAUCGGGUUCUACAGGAUGGUUACCGAUCACAGAACUAUAGCCCAGUAUGUGGAAACCACAUGCGUUGUUUGCAGGAGGAGAUCAGUAAAAAAUUCACCCGUGACAUAUUUCUUUUAAUCCAAGAGCAGAUUAAUUUUGAGUCCAACUUUGUUAUUGGGCAGAGAGGUGUUCAUCCAAAAACAGGUGCAUCAUUGAUUUCGCUGAUGCAAUAUGGUAAGCCUGAUCAUAUGUGGACUGUGUCGUACCAGUCUGAUGAAAGCAACCCAACAUUUGUGUGUUCUUGCAAACUGUUCGAAUCUGAUGGCAUUCCAUGUUGUCACAUUUUUGCCGUCAUGAAAUUUGAGAUGCUUACAACAUUCCCAGAAUCGCUGGUGAAUAAAAGGUGGACAAAAGAAGCCACUGUUAAGCGGACAUUACCAAGUUCUGGCUUGGUUAGUAAUAUGUCUGUGCAGAUCACGCGGUAUGGUGAAUUAAUGGCAGAAUGUGCUAAAAUCUGCCAUAUUUCUUCCUAUAGUGAGGAGGGGUACAAUGAGACCAAAGAAGCUCUGAGCCAGCUGAAAAUACGAUCCCAAAAAUACUGGGGUGGAAAUGAGUUUCAAGAUAGUGUCCUUUCCCACAACCAGCCCAUGAAUUUGACUCAUCACCCCGAAGAAGCCCGGGCAUUUGAGUUUUUUGCUGGGUAUGAGAAAAGUAAAAAUGCUGCUUUGGGCUCCAAAAUAAGUGGACUUCCAGAUUUCUUUCAAUACUUCAGGCCCUUUCCCAAUGUGUGACAACCUUUGCAGGCAUCAGACGCCGAGAAAAACUGAUCUUCGAUUCAAGUUCAUGCAUAGGUGGGAAAUAUUAUCUGCCUCAACUGUUCAUGAUAGUCUGGUAAUAGUUGACUCUUAUUAUUUUAGUGCGCAUGGCCGUGAAACUAAGUGCAUAUUUGGGAGAUGGGGGCAAAGCCUUGGAUUAUCGACAAUUUUUAUGGCUACUUCAAAUUCAGGUGUACACUGUCAUCUGUUUUCCAGGGGACAUGAAAUAGUUCAGCUACCUCCACAUCAUGCCGUAAACAAGCUUCACUUCAGAACAUGUAAUUGAAUUGGUUGUAGACUUGUAGUACUCGUUCGUUGGCAGAACAAUCUACAAGGAAGAUAUAUAUUUAUCAUACAUGUUGGACAAAUGCAACCUGCCCGUGCUAAUUUUUUUUCUUAUUGUGUAAGAUAACAGACAUGUUAGUUCUUCUUUUCACUGUUAAGUAAUUUCAAAUUUCUACUUCAAGUU